CAAAAGUGAUAUCCGCUUAACAAAUUAUUUCCACAUAAUUGGUAAUGACAUGGUUUAAUUUUGUUAUACAAAAAUACAACUUAGAAAUAAAUUAAAAGAAAUAGGCACUUAGUUGGACAUGAGGCUUUUGUUUAUAGUGUUCUUCAGCUUAAUUUACUAUCUGAUAGCCAGCGGAGCACCAAAGUCAAAAUGCCCUUCGGUGACAAUUUGUGGAAAUGUAAGCGAAUCGCAAGCCGUUUGUUGUUUGGAUGAAAAUGAAAGUUGUAUAAAAAAAUUCAAGUCAAGCUGUCACCUGGCAGUGGCCGCCUGCCACGAUCCUAAAUUACAAUUCAGCGACUACAGCAACGAGUAUUGCGGCAUGGAAGGUUGGCUGUGCGACCAGCCGCCCUACGAACGCUGGACGCUCUUCUUUGGCUCUUCUUUGGAGGAUGAGUGAGUGACGACUUGGAUGAUCGACGACGACGACAAAUGUGUAAAUUAAUUAGGUAGCAUUUCAAUAAAUAAUCAAUCAACGAUAAAUAAGCAACGGGCCGUUCACGUGCCAGACGAAGACGACGACUAACGACUACGUCAAAGACCGGUAGGAGGCAACCGAUAGCCACCAGCGUUUUUUCCCACUCACUGAGACAGAACGACGCCUCGAGCCUUUUAUACGAUCUUUUUUUGGCGCUUUUUUUUCUUUGCGCUUUUUGUGUUAUUUUUGGGUCUUCGACGGCGGGUGCUUUGCAUAAUCUCCAGCUGCGGCGCCACAGCCCAUUGGCCUCCUCCUCCAGCGCCAAUCAGCGGAGAGCUCCCGACCGGCUCCAUGUGCAUAUAUAAAAAGUGGACCCAUCCGAAACUCGGUUGUCAGUUAAUGCCCAUCAAU